AUGCCUCUGGACCUGUAUUACUUCCUGCCGAGUCCCCCGUGCCGCGCCGUCCUCUUGGCGGGCAAGGCCGUCGGCGUCCGGCUGAACCUCCUGGAAGUCUGCCUCCUCACCGGCGACAAGACUCCCGAGUUCCGCGAGGUGCGCAGAGUGAAUCCCUUGCAGACCGUCCCCACCCUCAACGACGAUGGAUUCAUUCUCUACGAAAGCCGGGCAAUCAUGCGUUACCUGUUCAACGCGUACGGGAAGGACGAUUCCCUGUACCCGACGGAUCCGAGGGCUCGAGCCAUCGUCGAUCAACGCCUGGACUUCGACGCCGGGACUCUCAUCGAGAAGUGGAGAGGAUGCGUGAGACCAGUGAUCCACUGGAACGCGAAGUCCAUCUCGGACGACGCCAAGAAGCAGCUGAAAGAGAUCUUCCAGGUCCUCGAUGGAUUCAUCGAGGCGUGCGGUGGCUACUGCGCCGGGGAUCAUCUCACCCUGGCCGAUUUUUCCAUCAUUCCGAUCGUCUCCGGCGCCGAGAUGAGUCAUAGACGCAGCGGGAAAUUUCCCCGAAUUUUGCUGGAUUCAAAUUCUUCAUCGCGAUGCGGAAAGGGACUCGAACUCGUUGACCUAUCCGAGAUGAAGCACCUGAGCGAAUGGCUGGCCAGAUGCAAGCAGGAAAUGCCGGGCUACGAGGAAACCAACGGGAAGGGGACCGAUGCCUUCGUUCAGAUUGUUCGCAGCAAAAUGGCUGUUUGA